AUGUGAGUCAGGCAUCAACUUGGAAGAACAUUUUCUGAAAGACUUGAGAAGACUUCUUCUGCCCGACCACAGCAAGCAUGGCUGAGAGAAAUAUUCCCUUCACCCUGGCUCGCACUCCCAGCUGGGAUCCGCUCCGGGACUGGCACCACAGCAGCCGGAUCUUUGACCAGAUCUUCGGCAUGCCGGCCCUGCUGGAGGACUUUCCCACGUUCCCCAGCUCCCGCUGGCCCGGCUACCUGAGGCCCUCUAUCCUGGGCACUGACAUCAUGAUGCCCCACAGCCACAUGUACCCGGGACAGAUGUUGGCCCAGCAGGCUCGUGCCCUGUCCAGGCAGAUGGGCAGUGGCGUGUCAGAGAUCAAGCAGACGCAGGACAGCUGGAAGGUGUCCCUUGACGUCAACCACUUCUCACCUGAGGAGCUGGUGGUGAAGAUGAAGGAUGGUGUUGUGGAGAUCUCUGGAAAGCACGAGGAGAGGAAGGAUGAACACGGCUUCAUUUCUAGGAGCUUCACCAGGAAAUACACCCUCCCUCCUACCGCUACUUUCGAGAAGGUGACCUCCUCUCUCUCCCCUGAGGGGAUUCUGACCGUGGAGGCUCCUCUGAUGGCCAUCGAGUCCACCGAAACCACGAUCCCCGUCACCGUGGAGAAGAAACCCGCCGUGACCCAGAAGUAGAUAGCAGCGCUAUACACCCUGAUGCCAUCAACGCACAGCAUGCAUGCUUUUUGUUUUAAUCCACAAACGUCUUCGAGGAGAUGAAUCUUGUUGUGGUUUUUUUUAUUACUUUUUAAUUAGCUUUUUCAUUUGAAGUAAAUGUUGAUGUUGCUUCUCAGUGGUCAUUAUUAAAAUCGUGUGUCCUCAGGUACCUGUUUGUCACUGAGCUGCUUUUGGAAAUAAAAUUAACAAAAAAUA